UUACGGAAAGUGAUUGUCACUCUGACGUAUAUGUCAUUGUGAGAAAAUUGACAAUUUCCUUGUCGGUAUCACUAAAUUCUUCAUUUCUACAAUAAUAGCGUUUUUAAUCUACGAAUAACCUUUGUAAUUCACAAUCAGUUAAAAAAAGCAGAAAAACAUGUCGGAAGCAAAAACAGUGGUUGCAGGGAUAGUUAACUUUUUAAAACAACAACUCGAAGCGUUGAACGUCGACUCCCGGGAAAGCGUAGAAGUCGCCGUGCAGUGUAUCGAAACUGCCUACGACUUAACACAGGAAGAAAUUUCAAAGGGAGUAGAUCUCUUACAGCUCGUCAGGCAGCAGAGCGGCAACGCGGGCGCUAUCCAAGCUGAAGCCGAAAAGUUGAAAAACGAAGGCAACGAAUCCUACAAGGAGAAUCUGCGCCUCACCGAAGAGAAGCUCGCGCGCAGCGAACGACCGGCUAUGGAUCUGGGAGGCUUACUUCAAAACCCAUCGCUAUUAAAUAUGGCCACAGAGCUCCUGUCCGAUCCAAACAUGCAGAAUCUCAUUUCAGGCCUAAUGGAUAACAAUAGUGGUGCAAAUGCUCCCGGUGGAGUGAAUGCUUUACUGGAAGCCGGACAAGCUCUGGCUCAACAGAUGCAGGCUGCAAACCCUGAGCUGGUGGAGCAGUUGAGGAGGCAGAUGCACCCACAGGGCGGUCAAGGUGGAAACCCACAGCCACCAGCACAAUAAAUUUAUUUACCUAUAUAUAUCGAUAAAUCGAUUUAUCCAGCUAAGUGUUGACUUGCCACGUCGCAACCAAAUUAGCCCUAAUUUUAUUUAGUUUCUUACAUUAAAAUAUAUUCAAUAUUAUGAGAAUGUAAAAUAUUAAAUUAUUCUUUCGAGUGCUCACUAUUAAAUAUUUCAAAACUUUUUGAUUUUAUUUAUUACAAGAAAAAAAUAUGUUCCGUCUCUUGCAUUUAUCAAUCUGUGAACUAUGUUAGUUAGGGCAAAAUAUAUCACUGCAUAUUGUGCAGUUUAGUGAAUAGGAGUGAAACUAUUCAUAUUGUGUAUAUUCUAUACAUUACUGAUAAAAUGUAUGUUCAGGUCAUCAAAAUUAUACUUAGAUAUUAAGACUAUGAUAAUUGGUGUUGAAUAAAUAUCUCCAAAAAAAAAA